GGGCACGUUCAGCAGACCAAGCCGCUCAGUAGCAGUCGAACAUGAUUGGCUCUUACUUUUAGAACCAACCAAUCAACGUAGAGUGUUGAUAAGACGAACUGAACAGUUGUGUCUGCUGAACGCGGCCAAUGUUUUGUGGUGUUUUGCAGCACGUGUUCGAACGCGGGGAUCAUAUGAAAAGCUCCAUAACCUCUGAUUCCUGUCAACGUCGCGAGGAACGCUAUAUAGUCCAAAGGCGGGGCUGAAGGCGUCUAUAACUCCAACCGGAGUUUACAACCUCAACGUCGCGGGGCAGAGCGACACUUUUUUCUGCCAGAUUCUUUCGUUUCAUGUAAAAACGCGUCGAUUGAGCAUAAUUUCAUUGAUAUUUGAGGUGAGGUCUCUAAACUGUAUAAUUACCCACGUUUCCUCAAUCAUUUGGUGUUCUUGCAUCACUGAUGGAUGCUGAUAGCAUAACCUCUGCUGUAUACUUCAAUUUUUAUGUUACUGGUUGUGCAAAUUGUACAGCAGCAUCAAUUUGCAUCAUGACAUUUUUGGAAUACGUACAAACUCUGUCCGAUAAUCCUUAUUUCGGCGCUGGCUUUGGUCUAUUUGGGCUUGGAGCCGGAGCUGCCUUGUUGAGGAAAGGCGCUCAGUUUGGAGCUGUGUUAUUCAGGCGACAUUAUAUGAUCACUCUGGAAGUGCCGUGCCGCGACAAGAGUUAUCAGUGGCUCCUGCAAUGGAUCACGGAAAAAGGCGCAAAGAAGACACAGCAUCUCUCUGUGGAGACCAGCUUCGAAGAACAGAGGGAAACCGGCCACAUAAAGACCAAAUACGACUUUAUUCCUAGUAUAGGAACUCACUUUUUCAGGUAUAAUGGCAACUGGAUAAAAGUAGAAAGAACUAGAGAGCAACAGACUUUAGACCUACACAUGGGCGUACCGUGGGAGACCGUACAGUUAACGGCGUUCGGCAAAGACAAAAGCAUAUACAUCAAUAUUCUCGAAAAAGCCAGACAAAUGGCUUUGGAGAAACACGAGGGAAAGACUAUAAUGUACGUUGCCAUGGGGAGUGAAUGGCGACAAUUUGGGCACCCUAGGAACAGGAGACCACUGGAAUCGGUGGUGCUGGACAACGGUAUCUCCGAGAGGAUAGUAAACGAUUGUCGGGAAUUCAUCGAGAAUCCAUCGUGGUACAGCGAAAGAGGGAUACCGUAUCGCCGAGGCUACUUGUUACACGGGCCUCCAGGAUGCGGCAAGUCUUCGUACAUUACCGCGUUGGCCGGGGAAUUGGAACGCAGUAUUUGCGUUUUGAAUUUAUCCGAGAGAGGCCUGACGGACGACAGACUGAAUCACCUGUUAGCAGUAGCACCGCAGCAGACUAUCAUCCUGCUUGAAGAUAUCGACGCUGCUUUUACUAGCAGAGAAGAUUCUAAAGAACUCAAAGCAGCGUACGAUGGUCUCAACAGAGUGACGCUUAGCGGUUUAUUGAACUGCCUGGAUGGCGUGGCUUCUACAGAAGCUAGAAUAUUAUUUAUGACAACGAAUUAUUUAGGCAGAUUAGACCCUGCGCUGGUUAGGCCCGGCAGAGUCGAUGUAAAAGAAUACAUUGGAUGGUGCAGCGCAAGUCAGGUCGAACAAAUGUUUCUAAGAUUUUACAAGAAACCGAAGAAGGAUUCUGACAAGGAAUCGGAGAAGGAUUCUGAUAAGAAACCGGAGAAGGAUUCUGUUAAGGAACCGGAGAAGGAUUCUGAUACACUUGCAAAGGAAUUUGCGGAGAGCGUUAUGUCCUUCAACAAGAACGUCAGUCCGGCGCAGAUUCAGGGGUACUUUAUGUUUCACAAGAGUAAUCCCGACGCGGUCGUAAAAAAUGUCGCGCAAAUCUGGGAGCUCACGUGAUAAAUAGUGAAAUUGUAGUUGUAAGUUUGAAGUAGAGCUACAUGUGAUGUCAUGUCGACCGGUGUCCUCUUUCUAUAAUAUAAAGAUACAUUAUUAUUAUUAUUCUUAAAUAAAAGACAAACCUGUGCAACAUGGAGAAAAUGA